UCUUAUGCUGAUUUUGACUAAACAUUGUUCCUCUUCGGUUUUGAAUCCGAGGUGUGGUAAAAAGGAUGCUUAUCUUCUUCUACAGUACUUGGAGCAGUCGCAGUAAACGUCAGUUGUAUAAAACACAUGAAUGAAUGAACGUGCGGAAAUAGGAUGUGUAUUGACGCAGGUUAUAUAUAUAGUAUAUGCAUUCGUGGCAAAGUAGUUUUAUAAUUUUAUGUGGAUAUUGUCAUUUUUAUAUGCAGCUAAGCAAUAAUAUAGUAUUCGCUUAUGUACCCUAAUCCUAACAUACUGGAUAAUUAAUUGUAUCAGUUUUACGGAUUUGACGCUGUUCUAUAUAAAGUGCAACUUAAAUAUGGAUAAUGCACAGUUAAAAAAAUGUUUCUCUGACGAUACUGUAUUCAAUCUAAUCAAUAAAAUGUUUAUAACAUUACAAGAUAGUGAGAUAAAGAGAAAUAAUGUGUAUCUAGAGCUGGUAGUUAAAACAUUAAUAGAAAGAAUGAAAUCAAUGAAUUCAUUGUUUGAAAAAGCAUAUAAAGAAAUUAUUUUUUGUGGUAGUUUUUAUAAAGGUACAAAAGUAGGCCAUCCAAAUGAAUUUGAUUUAAAUAUUAUUUUAAAACUUCCAAUUAUCUGUGAUUCUAUAAAUUUUAGUCAAGUAGAGCCAGCUUUCAUUCAAAUACUUGUAAAAGAAAAUUCAUUUGCAUCAAACUAUAAUAAUCUUUCAAAUAAAGAGCAGAGGUUACUCAGAACAUUUAUGUAUAAUGGCUUUUUAAACCCAGAUAAAUUUCGUCAAUGGGUUGAAGGAAUUAUAAGCAAAGUUAUUAGUGAACUACCAAGAGUUGGAGAUAAACAUUGCUUGGAAGUAAAAAAUGUUUCUGCUAAUUUUACUACAAGAAUUAAAGUAAAAAAAAGUGGUCCAGCAUUUACAUUGAUGUUAAAUAUCCCACAAGAAAAUGAUGAAAUACACAUUGAUUUAGUUCCUGCAUUAGCUUUUAAUAUACAUUUACUUAAUGGAUAUUUUAAAAAAUUAACUGAACUUCAUGGGUAUCAAAAUAAAACAUGUUAUGCAAUUCCACUACCUUUAAAAGAUAUUAAUUCUGAUGCAACUCAUUGGAGACUUUCUUUUUGCAAUCAAGAAAAAGAACUUCUUUCGAAGUAUGGCCGAAUAAAGCCUAUUAUACGUCAAAUGAAGAAAUUGAGAGACAUGCAGAACUGGAAAAGCAUAGCCAGUUAUUUCAUUGAAACAUUAUUUUUAAACACGUUAAACAAAUCAGAAAUGGAUUUGGACAAAAUACCUUCAACAUUACUUUUCUACAUGAUGCUUAAAGAACUACAUCAGGCUUGUGAACAACACAAAAUACCAUUUUUUUGGGAUGAUAGAUAUAAUUUAUUAGGAAAAAUUCAACACAUCGAAAUGUUUAAUAUUUCUUCACGUAUGAAUAACAUUAUAAAAAUGAUUGAAAAAAAUAUAAUGACAAACAAAUUUAUAUUAGCUGAAUAUAUUUUAACCAAACAUGAAAUGGAAUUGCUGAUUGCUAAACAAAGUCUAAUACACAUGAGCUUACCUGCUUACAGUUCUUCAAAUAAAGGAGACGAGCCACAGGAAAAUGGUUCGAUCUGUUCAAUAUUAUGACUUAAUUUUAUAGAUUGCAGUUUGUUUA